AUGGCACUCUGGGGAGAAUGGGACGUUAUUUCAGCCGAUGAACGCAAAGGAAAAAGCGCGGCAUUGGGAAAGUUUGCGGCCGAAUUUGAUAUCCAGGUGCCUGUGAAAAUUCCUGUUAACGGCCCGGUCCCGACAUUUGGGCCGCUCAGUGAUCUUGGCGAGUCGCGACUUGAGACCUAUAACCGCGCCUGGGAAAUCAUGAGAUACCUUUCUAGUCUCAUGCGAAAGGCCCGAGAUGAGGGGAGAAGACUUUGCUUUAUCAGCGGCUCGUCCAAGGGCUCGGACGCGCUUAUACGUACCCUACAAUCUGCCAAAUCUCACAAUAUUUCAAUCCCCACCGAGGACCAACUUUUAGACCGGGAUCUCCCAGGAUUUAAAUCCGGGGAAAGCUUUAGAGACUACCUUCGGCAUUUGCUCAAGUGCGGUGAAAUCAGGAUGUGCGUGACCAGUUUCGAACUCACGUACAUCGUCCGCAGUACCGACGUCAAAAGAGCGCUGGACAUACGCAGAGCCCGCUGGAGUGAGAUCCAGAGAGUGUUGGGUGAGCAUGGGAGCCACUUCGACUUCGUGAUAAUGUUAGAGGUUGAAGCGAUCGACGACCAGGAUGACGAGGCACCUCUAUUCGAGGCUGAAUACACUUUCCCUACGGUCCGCGAGACCGUACCAGAGCAACUUAAACACCGUGGAAAGGAUGCCUCUGACUAA